CAUCUGACCACCUUUAACCAACUCAUCUCGCCUAUUCGGAUUCGUUCCCCAAUCCUCCUCGCCGUCCCUCCACCCAAGGGACCUUCUCGACAGAACCCCCACAGGGAAAACCUCGCCCUCCGUUGUUCUUCAUCCAGCACGCCAGGAGGCUGUCCGGAACGAAAGAAAAGAUGGCCACCGCAAAACGUCUCUGCAUAGGAGUGGCUUGUGCUAACCCCAUAUCUACUCUCCAGUGCCCAACAUGUCUGAAACUUGGCAAAGAGUCCUUCUUCUGCUCGCAGGACUGUUUCAAGACCAGCUGGUCUGAGCACAAAAUUAUUCAUAAACAGUCGGCCCAAACCGGAAUUUACGACCCAUUUCCCAACUUUCCUUAUACCGGCGGCAUACGUCCUGCAUAUCCACUCUCCCCGACAAGAAGACUUCCCCCGAGCAUCAGGCGUCCGGACUAUUCCGAGGAUGGAGUCCUAAAAACAUCGCCAUCUUGA